AUGAUUUUUCUUGUCAUUUUGGAGUAUUUAAUUGGGAACAUAGUGUCAAUUUUUUCGUCAAAAUUUGACAACAUUUUCGGUGCUCUCACUUUACUUUAUCCACGAAUGAUUAGUUGUAACAUGAGUGUGACGUAUUUUGGUACUACUUUACUUCUGGAAGAUAGAUUCAAAGUGGUUAAUAAUUUCCUAUUUGGCGAGAAACUCAAGUCACGAAAUUUUACUAAAUAUCCCACCGAUUCGAAUUUUUGCGACAAAAUGAAAUUAUUGGUCAAUAUUCACAAACAAUUGAUCCGAAUUUGUAAAACAAUCAAUUCGAUUUUUUCACUAUUUUUUCUACUUUGGGUCACUGUCAAUUUUUUAUGCUUGGUUUCAGAUUUAUACAUUGUUGCUUACUUUCUCUCGACUGGCCAAUUUUUAAAAUACUGGCAAGGUAUGUUGAGAGCUUUAAAAAACGUUUGUAUUUAUUCGAUUGAGAUGUUUUAUAUUUCGAGAAGAUCUUCACUGCUUUGUUUUCAAGGAAAUCGAACUAAAGCUAUUUUGGUUGGAUUCAAAUUUGAUUUAAGCAACGAAGAGGAACGGAAUACUAUUGUUACUUUGAGUCUCGAACUUCGACAAUUUAAUCUUCAAAUAUCGGCUUGUAGACUUUUUGCAAUUGAUAAUGCCUUACUUUUUUCGAUGUGUGGAGCUGCUUUUUCCUACCUUUUCAUAAUGAUUCAAAUGGAUAAGGACUUGAAUAGGUCUUUCCGAAAUGUAACAAAUUCCACUCUAGAUUAAGAAAUAAAUAAACAGUUUCAAACACCA